AUGGAGCCAAUGAACCUAGACCAAAUGAACCACGAAAAGGGAGACAAUGAUGGGGCAAAUUUUAAUGUGCCUGUUGACGAUAUAAACAGCAUCGACAAGGAGUUCAGCGAUUUGCAGAAGUUGAAGAUGAUGAAUGAAGGCGCAGAGAUGCAAAUGAACCAGUCGGGUGCCCUCGACUCGCACGAGAUGGAGCAGGAGGAGAUAAACAACCGAUCCAUUUUCGUUGGGAACGUGGACUAUUCGACCCAACCGGAAGAACUGCAGUCCCUCUUUUCGGAGUGCGGCCUGAUCAACCGGGUGACCAUCUUGGUGAACAAGAACACGGGGCACUCGAAGGGGUAUGCCUACAUCGAAUUCGCCGACGCGUCCUCCGUGCGAACGGCGCUCUCCCUAUCCGAGUCCUUCUUCAAGAAAAGACAAAUUAAGGUUUGCAGCAAAAGGCGAAACAUCCCCGGAUUCAACCGACCGAAGAUUAGCCCCUUUAGGGGUAGAUCCAUGAAGGCGACCCUUGGCCCCAGGGGAAGACUGAGACAACCGAGCUUCAGACCCUUCUACCGCGGAAGAGGCUCAUACAAGAAAAUCGUCACGAACCCCUACGAAAGGGCCUGA